AUGGCUCCAGAAACUCCAUGGCCGAUCUGCAAGAUAUGCCGAAGCAUACCUUACUCAGUCUUCGGCUCAAAUUCACAAGAGACUAUAGCUCCAGUGCGACUAUUCGACUCAUUCACUGCUUUGGUCAACUCGGCCGACAGAGGAUGUCACGUCUGUACUCUCCUUUAUGAAGCCAUCCAUGAGCCGUACAAAACGCAGCUGGAGACCGCAGUCAUCUCGCUCGAAAGUAAGGCAGCUACUGACAGUGGGCCGCGAAAUAUCCAGAUGAUGGUAAGCCUGGAUACGCCGGAUCUUGCUGGUGGGCAGGAGCUGGCCCUACUUCGUCCUUCGAGCUCGAACAGUAGUCUGGAGGCUGUGGCAAUCGGAAGUGUGAAGUUCGUGCUCGACUAUGACCUCGUGCCCAGGACUGCGAAGAACUAUCGGAAUCUGAUCAGCCUCUACGCCGACGACGAUGGCGCCUUGCGAUAUAUCAAGCAGAACCUCAACGACUGCUUAGCACAGCACAAGAAUUGCGAUCGUGUGAUGUUUCCACUCUCGUCCGCUACUGAGCAGCGAGGACGAAUCACUAAUAUUGUCUCUGGGUCGCGAGGUAUGGUUGUCGCACCUACACGACUGAUCUCAGUCGGCUCCGAGGACGAUCCCAAGGAUGUGCCGAAGCUUGUAGACGGAAAAGAGUGCCUCUACAAAGGCGGCUAUCUCACACUAAGCUACUGCUGGGGCAAUGUUCCUGUGCAAGCACCAUGGCUCCUCACGACGAAGACAAUGCCCAAGUUCGCAGCCGGUCUACCGAUGGAAAUCCUACCACAGACACUACACGAUGCCAUCACCUGGACUCGCAAGCUGGGCGAACGCUAUAUCUGGAUCGACAGCAUGUGUAUUAUUCAAGAUGAUCCCGAAGACUGGCAACGUGAAGCAGCCAGAAUGGCGUCCAUAUACGGCAGUGCGACACUGACAUUAGUAGCAGCCUCGUCCAACAUCUACGGUGGACUCUCUGGACGAAUAGAUCCCUGGCGGAACAGUGCAGCGGCGCUUCCAACAAUCUCCAGAACAACCACAAAAGUAGUCUACAUACUCCCCAACGGCCAAAAGAGACAAUCUACUGCAUUGCCACCGACAGGCAGUCGAGGUUGGUGCUACCAAGAGAAUCUCCUCUCCUCCCGGCUCGUCCAGAUCUACCGCACCUCUCUCCAAUGGCAAUGUCUAGGCGAUAAAUCCAAUCCUCCCACCCGAGCCCAGGGUCUAGAGCAGCUCAGCAAACAUCCACCCGCAAAGUACUACACAAUCUGGUACCGCCUUAUCGAGCGCUACUCCGGUCUCUCACUGACAUACCCGAAAGACAAGCUCCUGGCAUUUCACGGCAUAGCAAUGGAUAAAGCCGGUCGAAACUACGUCGCCGGUCUCCUCCAGAAUGAUCCCUGGGCUAGUCUCCUCUGGUGUCGGGAUGAGAACCAGAUUCGACAAAAAUCAGGCGGCAGGAAUCUCCGAAAAGAUAUUCUUGAACCCACGAGCUAUGAUCCCGAGUUCCACUCUGCAAGUGCCAAGGCUGCAUCAUACUUCGAGACUGGAGCUAUCACAGACGGCCAUGUCGAGAUUUCCGCUCAAUCGGUAUUCGUUCGCAGCGCACCGACCAAGCCAUUUCUCUUCAACACCAGGCAAGGCAGCCAUACAUAUGGUCGAAGGAACAUCGUCGAGGCGACGACGGGCGCGAUACUGGGUAUGAUUGUCUUUGAUAUUGCGGGCGAGGCACGAGAUGGCAUGGCAAUGUGCUGUGUCCUGCUCCACGUUGUCAACAUAGGCUUGUGGGAGAAGAAUAGUACGGCUGGCCUCGGGCUAGCAUUGAGGAUCGAGUUCAGGGAAGGCAAAGUGGUAUACAAGAGGGUGGGAUAUGCGCAGUUCACGUCAACGUUUGCGCAUCAUUGUCGUUCGCGGGAAUUCAAUAUUGUAUGA